ACUUGUUGAGUAUAUGUUAUGCCACGAUUUUGAAGAAGCAUUGGUACAGCUCCUGCAAGUCCAAGCGGUAUACCCUGCAGGGUAUAAAGAAAUAGUAGCACAGCUAUAUUAAACUCAUCUCCCUUGAUAUUACUACGUCCCUCAGUUUGAUUAUCACCAUUUUCAAUCAAUUCCUCCUUCUCAGGUGAAUGUUUACGCUUAGUUAAUGGCAUGAUUGCAGCAAGUACAGCCUGGAAAUUGAUUGAAAAAUAUUAUAAAUCCAUAUGACACUAGGUACCAAUGUAGUAAAUACACGUCAUUGAAUUUGAUUCUCUUGUAUUUGUUCACAAACCUUAAUUUUGCCUGCAAUCAAUCAAUUUAUUAAAAUAAUAGUGGCUAUCGGUAGCAAAUUUUGAAAGUUAUAUUUGACCAUUCAUUCAUAUAUAUGUAUUAAUUACUUUAUUAAAUCGUGUAAAUUGAUUUAAAACAGUACGAGCACUUGAGCACCUCUUUUUGCCAUCACAAAUAUGACAAAUUGACAUUUGAUUGAUACCUCACGCUGACAGCUGCUGACAUGUCAGUAUUGUCAAAGGUUCUGCGUUGAUUUACCACUAAAUAAAACGCGACUGACAAAAUCAAAUGACUUCGUCAAAUGAUUUCAUCCUUGACAUUAUGUCAAUUUCAUGUGCAAUAUAAAAUUCAAUGACAAAUAGAAAUAACCAAAAUGUUUGUUGAUUUUUAAAACGUGUUUUUUUUUAGAAAUUUCAUUCAAUAACAUUGAUUUGCAUAUUGUCUAGUGACAACAUUUUCUUACAUGGGGUCAACUGUGCGCUCUUGUUUUUUUAAAUGUCUGUUGGGGUCCCAUGCGCCGAUAAAAUUAAUCCACAAUGUUGAAACAAUAAUUGGGCGCAGUAAAUUAACGAAUAUUAAAGAUCAGACAUGUUCUCGUCAGCAACUUUCUCUAAAAGCCAACUGUGAAGAGUGCUCGGUUGAAGUCAAACAACUGGGAGUAAAUACGUCAGGUCUAAAUGGAUUCGCUUUAAAAAGAAAUGUAGAGUAUAAAGUUGAACAUGGUUCCAGAAUUGAAAUUUUGUUAAACAAUUAUAUUCAUGUCAUAGAGUUUGAUCCUCCUCCAGAAAAUUAUGAAGAACCAAAAUUAAGCAAUAAAAGAAAAUUAGAAGAGGAAGAAGAAACUCCAAGGAAGAGAAAGAGUGUAAAAAUGGAGUCUGAUGAAGGAAAGGCUGGUAAACCUGCUGUAGAUAAUGUAUGGGAAGAUAUUGACAAAGGUGAAUUGUAUGUGUUCACUUCAAAAGGUGUCAAGCCUAGCCACAAAAUAGCAGCUUUUGAUAUGGAUGGUACUUUAAUAAAAACAAAAUCUGGCAAAGUACAUCCUGUUGAUACAAAUGACUGGCAAAUUGCUUUCCCAACAGUACAAAAAAAAUUAAAAGAACAUGUAGAAGAUAAUUACAAACUUGUGAUAUUAAGUAAUCAAGCUCCAAUAGGGAAUGGCAGGGUUAAAAUAGAAGAUUUUAAGAAAAAAAUUGAGAAUAUAGUAACUAAGUUGGAUGUUCCAUUUCAAGUGUACAUAGCUACUGGAAAAGGGUUUUAUAGGAAACCAACUACCGGGAUGUGGAAAGUGCUUUCAGAAAAAAAAAAUGGUGAUUUGAAAAUAAAUAUGGCUGAAAGUUUUUACUGUGGUGAUGCAGCUGGCAGACUUGCUAACUGGGCUCCUGGGAAAAAGAAAGACCAUUCAAUGGCUGAUAAGCUAAUGGCUGAAAAUCUAAACCUUAAGUUUUUUACACCAGAACAAUUCUUCCUGGGACACUCAAUAGCCAAUGUACCUAUGGCUAAACCUGACUUUAACCCAAAAGAACUUGCUGAUGCACCAUUUAAUGACAAUAUAAUAGGCAAAGAAAAAGAGAUUCUGGUCUUAGUUGGCUUUCCUGGUAGUGGUAAAUCAUUUUUAGCUAAAUAUAUUGAAAAGGAGUCUGGAUACAACUAUGCUACUGUGUGUAGAGAUGUCCUUGGGUCCUGGCAGAAGUGUGCUGCUGAAGCCUCUAAGUUGCUUGAGAGGGGUAAAAGUGUAAUAGUAGACAGUACAAAUCCUGAUAAGGAAUCGCGUGGGCGCUGGUUGUCACUGGCCAAAGAGAAGAAAGUAGGAUGCCGCUGUGCAAAAAUGACAACGACCAUAGCUCAUGCGAAACAUAACAAUAAAUUUAGAGAACUUAUGAAAGUCAACCACAUUCCAGUCAAUGAUAUUGUUUACCAUACAUACAAGAACAAAUAUGAAGAACCAUCAGUCAGUGAAGGUUUUAAAGAAGUGAUUGAUGUACCAUUUAGCCCUAGAUUUGAAGACAAAGAGUCCGAGAAGGUGUAUAGAAUGCACCUGCUUGAAAAAUAACGCUUAUAAUUAUGUUGUUUGUUAAUGAUUGCUAUGAAAUAAAACUAAGUUGAUGCGAA